UUUAUAUAUAUACACACACACUGGCGUAUAUUCACAAGAACACCUAUAUACCUAUUUUAUACGCAAAAUACAUCUACAUACACAUAUACAUGUGUAUAUAUACGCACUCUUGAGCUCAAUUUCAGGGUUUCGAAUCAGAUUUGUUUUCAAGUUUCAACAACGCAGUUUGUGGGAGACAAGUUGGAUGGGUUUGAAAUUGGUGUACUGAUGUCAUUGUUCUGGAUUGUCAUUCGUCAACUCGCUGAGAUUGAAGCAAUGGCUACUUCAAAGAAAGUGAUUACAAAGGAGGAGUGGGAGAAAAAGCUCAAUGAUGUACAGCUUAGGAAAGAAGAUAUGAAUAAAUUGGUGAUGAACUUUCUUGUCACUGAGGGUUAUGUUGAUGCUGCUGAAAAAUUCAGAAUGGAAUCUGGAACUGAACCAGACAUAGAUCUUGCAACAAUAACAGAUCGUAUGGCAGUUAAGAAGGCAGUACAAUGUGGGAAUGUUGAGGAUGCAAUUGAAAAAGUUAAUGAUUUAAACCCCGAGAUACUGGAUACAAAUCCACAACUGUUUUUCCAUCUCCAGCAGCAAAGGUUGAUAGAAUUGAUUCGGAAUGGAAAAGUAGAAGAGGCUUUGGAGUUUGCUCAAGAGGAGCUCGCACCAAGGGGAGAAGAAAAUCAAAGUUUUUUAGAAGAGUUGGAAAAAACUGUUGCACUACUGGCUUUUGAUGAUGUCACCAACUGUCCCGUUGGAGAGCUUCUGGACAUAUCACAGCGCUUAAAGACAGCAAGCGAGGUGAACGCAGCCAUCCUUACAAGCCAGAGUCAUGAAAAAGACCCAAAGCUUCCAAGCUUGUUAAAGAUGCUGUUAUGGGCACAGAACCAACUCGAUGAGAAAGCCGCUUAUCCUCGCAUAAAAGAUUUAGCUACUGCAACACUUGAAGAUCCGGCUGUUUGAAAGGUGUGAAAGUGGUUUGCCUUGACAACACAAUCUCAGAUUGCCGAUCCCAUUCCUGAUUUGAAUAGAAUGGAUACACAGAAUUGAGGGAGGUAAUCAUGUACUCUUAUUUCAAAAGGACUGUAGUGUAGGUAGGUAUUUAUUCAUGAAUGUUUUGAUUAAGAUUGUGGUAUUGUAUUUUCUCUUAAAAGCUGUUCAGUGACCUUGUACAGAUGAUUAUCAAUGCUCUUCACUUUUCAAUUCAAAUGUUUACAUUAACAUUUUAUUUUAUUCAACAAGAUAUUACUCAU